AUGACCAGUCCUACAGGAUCCCGCACCCUGCAGCUGCCUUGGGUCUCUGCCUUUCAGACUUUAUCCAAGAAGAACAGGUCUUCCACCCUCCCCGAGACCCAUGAUCCCCCAGUUGUGGACGCCAAGAUAGCCGGUCUCACAGACCAUGCUCAGCUGAGUGCUCUGGUGUUCGUAGAGAGCCAGCCUACAACAUCGGAUGAGACAGUGGUGGCUGGUGGAACAGUGGUGCUCAAGUGCCAGGUGGAGGAUCCCGAUGACUCCUCGCUGCAGUGGUCCAACCCUGCCCAGCAGACCCUCUACUUUGGGGAGAAACGAGCCCUGCGAGAUAACAGGAUCCAGCUGGAGAAGUCCACACCGAAUGAGCUGACCAUCAGCAUCAGUGAUGUGGUGCUGUCAGAUGAGGGUGAAUACACUUGCUCCAUCUUCACCAUGCCUGUGCGGACUGCGAAGGCCCUCGUCACUGUGCUAGGAAUCCCGCAGAAACCCCAAAUCUUUGGUCAUGAGCAGCCCAUUGAUGAAGAGAAGAUAGCCCGGCUGACCUGCCGGUCCUCUGGCAGCAAGCCUGCAGCCCAGCUCCGGUGGAGGAAAGGCAACAAGGAGCUGAAGGAUGAGGGCACUGAGGUGGUAGAGGACCCCAACGGGAAGACCUUCACUGUGAGCAGUCGGGUGGAGUUCCGCGUCACCAAGGAGGACAACGAUGCUGAAGUAACCUGCACUGUGGACCACGAGUCCCUGCAGAACACAGAGAGAUCAACCACGCAGAAGCUGCAGGUCCACUACAAGCCAACGGCAAAGAUCGAGCCGCAUCCCCUGUACCCACGGGAAGGCGAGAAGCUCCGGCUGCAGUGCGACGGGCAGGGCAACCCCGUCCCCCAGGAGUUCCUGUGGGAGAAGGAAGGCAGCGAUGCGCCCCUGCAGCUGAGCUCUGACAGCGUCCUCAUCUUCCCCUUCCUCAACAAGAGCGACAGCGGCACCUACGUCUGCACGGCCACCAGCUCCAUGGGCAGCGUCGUGGCCAAGUACAACCUUGACGUCAGUGAUGCCAGCCCAGUGCCAUCGACCUCCGGCACAUACCAUGCGGUUAUUGGUGGAGUGGUUGCCGUCAUCGUCUUUCUUCUGCUCAGCCUCCUCAUUGUCUUGGGACACUACCUGAUCAGACACAAAGGUACCUACCUGACCCAUGAGGCCAAGGGGUCAGAUGAUGCCCCAGAUGCAGACACAGCCAUCAUCAAUGCAGAGGGCGGCCAAGCCAGCGGUGAUGACAAGAAGGAAUAUUUCAUCUAGGGGCGCUGGAGAGGGUGAGAUAUGGAGCCAACAAACCCCAAUGCAAAUGGAAACCAGACCACAAACCCAACUCAACCCAACAGAUUUUCUCUCGUGCCCGGGACGGGCAGACGGACGGACAGAGGGAUGGCGGGACAGAGAGCAGAGAGCGACCAGCCUGAGACAUGAUGCUUCUUCUUGAACUUGUACAAAACGUUAUUAUCACGAACAGUGAAAGCCCUGGCCCCGUUUGCUUGCUUGCACCACCAUCCCUGCGACCGACGCUCGCACUAAAUACAGACCAACCAGUGAGUGAGCGACUUUUCCUUCUUCCUUUGGACCUUUGCUUUGGUUUCGUGGCUGCUCUUUGCUUUGGGCCCUUGGUUGGGAUGUUGGGCUGGGGUUGAUGUAGCUCUUUCCUUUGUUUCUCUCCAUUUUGGUUUCUUUUACAUUCAAGGAUAAAAUCAGCUCCAGGCUGUGGCACAAGCUCCGGGCACCCAGGUGGCCUCUCUGUCACUGACACUUGCCUUGUGCCUCCCACCAAGAGCUGGGACCUGUGUCCCCAUCCCCCCCCCCCAGCGUCAGCUGCUGCAUGAUUCCCCAAGCCAAACUCACGGUGCUGCCUGUGGGCUGGGGAUGGGGGAGUGCCAUGGGCCCCGGUGCAGCAGACAGGAUAGGGUUCUGCAUGCCCAGAGCAGGAUGCUGAUGGGCAGCAUCUCUGCCUUUGAGGGCUCAGCAUGCAUUGCCUUUGGGAGUGCAGCUCGGGGCAAGCGGGGAGGGACGCUGGGACCCUGCACUGAUUUUAUCCUUGGUGGUUCUUGUCAAACAAUGUCCAUUCGGGAGGAGAACUGUCCUCGUGUGAUAGAUGUGUGAAGGGGGAUGAGCUUCCAGGGUGGGAACCGCUGAGGCCCCCGGAGAGACUGGGAGCUGCUGAGCAACUGCAGUUCCCUGUUCCCACCCCAGCGGGAGGGGGGAGGGCAGGGGCUUGGGGGCAAAUCUGGAGCCCCAAGUUGCAAAUUCUCAGAUUGGAAACAUCAAUUAAACCAUCUAUUGAGAUGUUCAGUGGAGGAGGCCACCUGCACCGGGAACACAGGGUAGAGCCAGGAGAUCCAGCAGGCCUGCGGCCAUCAUGACUCCCCUCUUUCCUGGGCCCAGCUCUGGGGCCUCGGAAGCCUCUAGAAAGGGUAGUUUAAACUCCAAGAAUUACUGCAAUGGAAGCUGACAUGGCCCAGUGGCCCUACGGGACGUGAGCUGGAAACAACCUGGUCAACACUGCCACCAGCCCAGGGCGAUAUGAGGCCUGUGAUUUCUGUUGGCCGGGAAGAGAGAGGCUCCAUCGGGGUCUGUUCCUUGGACCUGUCUGCUCCCAUUUCCUUCCUGGCCCCCUCCCAGAGAAGGGUGCUGAGUAUGGCGCUGUGCUGAGGAGCACGGGACCCCACAGAGAGACAUGCAGCUUGAUCUAGCCCAGAACAGAGCUUAGCCAAGCUGGGGAAAAGGGGGGGAUUCGGCUAUAGAUUAGGCUGGCGGGUGGGCAUCUAUCCUCACUGUUCGGGAUGCUGGACCCCAUGUCACAUCUGAGACGUUCCCUCAGUCCUGGUGAGUUCCUGUUUGGAAAAGGCUAUUUUCCUCCUGGUUCUAAGGGCUGCAGCCAACAGCAGUCUGAGUGCCCAGAUUUAGUGUCUUGAUAGUUUAGGGGUCUCUGUGGAGGCUCGGUGGGAGGCUUGCCCUGUUUUUUACCUGUGUGGGGCCUCCCUGGGGAGAAACUGUAUCUCUUCCAAGUCAGACAAAAGCCAGAAGCUUUUUCUGACCUCUCCAACAUGUCCCAGGGGUCCACUUUCCUCACCCCAACCCUACACCCACCAUCCAUGGGAUGCACAUUGCAGCUGCACGGGGUUGUGCGCUCCAGCUAUCUGCAGGAUACCCUAUGCCUCCCUGGAGAGCCAGGCCUUGCCCGUGACACUUGGGAUGAGGUCUCCCACAUGCCCAGCAGCCCAGCAUUGCUUGGCCUGGACAUGAGAGGUUGCCGGAGCUGCUCUUCGGCUGUGCACCCCUUUGAUUUCGGGGUGUCCGGGGAAGGAGAGCACUUCUGGAAGGAGGCAAAGCCUGCAGUGGCCUGGGUAACUUCACCUGAAAGGUAAAGGAAGAGCCUAUUUCCUCUGCCGUGGGGUACAAGAUGGCUGUGCCACUUGUCAUGGGUUGGUAAUGUCCCUCUGGUCCAGACCCUUAGAGCAGAGAUCCAUGCACAUGGCACAGAGAAAAAGGCCCCAGGAAGCCUUCCCAGAGUGCGUGGUGCUGGAAGUAGGGUAGUGGGGCUGCAGAGCCUAGGGCUGGUGCUGGGAAGCCAAAAGCAGCGCUGGGGUGCAGGGUGCCUGGAGCAGAGCAGAAGUAAGGAAGGGGUUUGGCACAGCUAUAGCUUUUGGGAGUGUGAAUGAAUGAUGUGGUAGCAUUUGUCUCACAGGCAGAGAUGUGACUAGAUUCACCACAGCUAAAUUGUCUGUCAGGGGCACACAGGCAACAGGAUGUUACACACCUUGAGAAAGAAAUGCAUAAAGUUUUUAUCACACGUGAUGAAGAAAACCUGUUGUUUUCCCCACUUUGUUCUUCCCUUUACAUCUGUUUGGAGGAGGACGUUGGCCUUGACACAGCCCUUCCUGAGUGCAGUGUCCCAAAAUGCAGGGGGACGAGCCAGGAGAGGAGAACAGGCAGAGCCAUCUCACAGCUGUGCUCCUUUUUAUUGUCAUUUUUGGAAGAAUUACUCAUGUAGGAAGGAUCUCACUCGUACAGUCAGCACACAACCCAUGUAGAGCGGCCUGUAUCUGCAGAGAGUCUGAGACAAUAGCUCUGAGAUCAUUUCAAGAGAUGCUAACAUCGCUGCAACAGAUAACACUGCAAAUGUCGAUGCUGUUAACUACUUCACUGCACACCUGAGCAUGUAUGAAUGUGUGAUCUGAUGCUACUCUGAAGCUCUUUAACAUCCACUAUUGAAUAGACGUAAUUCCUUAAAAUAAAGAUGUAAGGACGUGUUUUCAAAUAUAAUUUAAUCUUAUUAUAAGUCUACGUGGUGUAGAUCAUUAUAAAAACCACCCCUCACUGGGGAUCUGCGAGGGAGAGGGGUUAAAUGGUUACAUCUUCCUGAAGAAAGGGACUCAGGUAUUUAAGGUUAGAAAGUGAGAUUGUGCCCCAUGAGAGGCAUUGGGCCACAGGCACAGCCAAGCAGCACACGAGCUUUUCAGCCACCUGACUCCAGCACUGCCACCCCAGAGCUGCUUCAGGGGCUGGUGCAGGCAGCUGUUGUUGCUGCUGUCUUGGGUGCCUGAGCCAAGGCUCCAGCUGGUUGCUCUCCCCUCACUGGCUGCAAAGUGUACCCUUCCCCAGGCCGUCCCCCAAACACUGACAGCUGUAGCACACCUGGGAAACUGGCUUCUGUGUUUGCUCAAGCUCCAGCAUAGGCGUCAUCAGUGUUGCCAAGCACCAGAAACAAACCUUAGCUACCUUUUUCACCUGGUCAGAGAGAACAGGAUUUGGCCUUCAUGCAGAUCCCAUGUCAUAGCAGAAGUCGCAGGAAACCUCCCACCCUCUUCAGUGGUGCUGAGUGCAGACAUCUCCCAUGGAGCAGGGAGGACCCAGCAUGGGCAGCACAUUGUGGCUGGAGCCAUUGCCUCCUCCAGACAUUAGCUAAGGAUGGGCCAAGCCUCACCUCGAGUGGGCCCAUUCCCCUCCUCUGGCCACAAAGGCCCAGUGAAAGGUUGAGCCAUGAUUGCAGACAUGGCAGACAUGUGAAAGUGGUGAGAGGAGGCACGCAACACAGGGGCUGUGUGUGCAAGCAAGAGCCAAAAGGCUUUUGUAGAUGCAAGGGAGUGAUAGACACGCUGUGUCAAGGGUGUGAGGGUAGUAAAGACACCCAUGUUAUGAGGGGUGACAGAUGCAUCAGGUCUCAGGUGUGAGGAGUGAUGAAUACCCCAUGUCAUGAGUAGGAAGUGGUGGUGGAGAUACCAUCUCAAGGCUGUGAUGCAGUGAUGGGAUACGUCACGGUGCGUGAGGGCUGACGGUCAGUGUUGUCUCACAAGUGAUGGUACAUCAUACUGCUCGUGGAAGGGGCGAUGAGAUACAUCACAUUGCAAGUGUUGUGGAUAUUGCAUGUAUGAGGCCAUGAAUAUGUUAUGUCACAAGAGUGAGGUGUUGUGGGAUGCACCAUUUUGUGAGCCUGCGAAAUGGUAGGAUACACCAUGCAUUGAGUGUUUCGGGGCGAUGAAUACACCAUUUCAGGAGUGUGAAGAAUAACAGAUAAAUGGGGUUGUGAGUGGGGGGCGUGAUGAGUUACACGGUGUUGUGUGUUGGGGUGAUGGGAUGCACUGCAUUGUGCAUCUGAGGGACAGUGGGGUUCACUGUGUCGCCAGUGUAAGGCAGUGAUGGGGUACGCUGUGUUGUGAGUGUGAGAAGUGAUGAGCUACACUAUACCAUGAUUGUGUUGUGGCCAUGUUGUGCGUGUGGGGGAUGAUGGGGUACACCCUCUAUUGAGUAGCUGCUGGUGGGAUACACCUGGUAUUGAGCAUUUUGUGUGCUGGGAUACACCGUGUUGUGAGUGUGAGCGAUGCUGGGAUACACUGGGUCAUGCAUGUAAAGGUGAGUUAGGUACACCAUGUCACAAGUGUGAGAGAUUGUGGGCUAUACCUUAAUAGCAUAGGAGAUGGGAUAAAAAUGUGUAUGAAGCAGUCAUGGGAUGCACUGUGUUACAAAAUAACAGAAUAAGGAGACCCACCUUGUUUAAGUCUGUGGGGCGAUGAGACACAGCAGAGUGCUAGGGUAAGGAGCAAUGGGAUACCCUUGGAUUAUGACACAGGGUGUUGGGGUGAUCAGCUACACCAUGUCCCGAGUGGGAGGGAUGACAUGAUAUGCUGUGUAGCAGCUGUGAGGGCUGAUGGGAUCCAGUGUGCCAUGAAGGGGAGGCUAUGAUUAGAAAUACCACUUAACAACUCUGAAGUGUCAUGGGCUACACCGUGCCAUGGGUAUGAGGGCGAAUGUAAUACAUGAAAGCGUGAGAGGUGAUGGCAGACACCAUGUGCCAAGCACAUUGUACACUGUGUCUCAAGGGUAAGGGGCUGAUGGGCUGCCAUGUCUCAUGGUUGUGAUUGGGCAAUGGGCUGUGCCAUGCCAUGAGGAUGAGCAGUGACAGGGAGACAUCAUCUUAUGGAAGCCCUGUGUCAGAAAUGUGGGAGGUGACAGGGAUAUACCAUGUCACUAGUGUGGGAGAUGAGCGGAUAUACCACGUGACUAGUGUAGGGAGGUGAUGAUAUACACUGUCACUAGUGUGAGAGGUUACGGGAUACACCAUGUCUGUGUGAUGGGGAAGUGACAAGAUACAACACGUCAAUAGGGUGGAGGGUGGGAGAUGAUGGAUACACUGCACCAAGUGUGGGGAGUGACGAGAUAAGCCAUGUCACUGCUGUCAGGAGUGACGGGAUACACCAUGUCACAGGUAUGGGGAGGAGAUAAGAUAGACCAUAUCACCAGUGUGGGGGGUGAUGGGAUACGUUAUUUCACUAGCAAGAGUGGUGAUGGGACGCAUCAUGUCAGUUGUGUGGGGAGGAGAUGGGAUAUACCAUAUCAGUAGGCUGAAGAGGUGAGGAGCCACACCAUGUUGCAGGUGUAAGGGGUGAUGAGAUACACUGUGGCACUAGUGUGGGGAGGUGAUGGGAUACACCAUGUGUCACCAGAGUGGCUGAUGAUGGGGUACACCAUGUUGUGGGUAUGGAGAGGUGAAGGGACACAUGCCAUGUCACUGGUGUGAGGAGGUGAAGGUGUGCACUGCGUCAGCAGUGUGAGGAGGUGAUGGGACACACUAUGUCACUAGUGUGGUGACAUAAGGGGAUGCACUGUUACAGUGGAGAGUGGACACCCAGGACUGAGCUUGUGCCUACCACUGUGAGCACCCAGUAGAGCCAGGCACUGUCACUGCAUUGGUAGGAGGAUUCAGGGCCUUGUCAAACCUAGGCUACUAGGUGGCCACUUCUGGGCCAAAGGACUCCCUUCUGCCAGGCUGGUGGGUCUCCAGGAGAGCUCCAGCCCUGUGUCUACCGCAUGCCACCAGGUCUACCCUCACUGGGCUGAGCCCAUGCGGUCAGUGCACCCAAGGCCAGUCCUGGAGAUCAUCACCCCCGGGGGGGGGGGCCUCUUGGCUGCCACUCAGGCCUCCUUGACAGCCAUGUGGACAUCCAAAUGAGCAUUUAGGCCCCCAUACCCUAGGUAAGACCAGGUCCUCCUCCAGCAAAGUGAUGACCCAGCUUGGUCACGUUUUGUGGCCAGGCAUUUAAAUUCCUGCUUAGCCCUCUGCCAGCCUGAGCAAACCUUUUCUGGCUCUGUCCCCCGUCGUCUCUGCUCCCUGCAUGCACAGGCCCUGGGGUCAGGGCUGCUGCUUUGCAGGACAACGCUCCAUGCUCUGGUCGCCCCAUCUCCAUCCUGACAACGGCCGGGGGGCCCUGCAGUGGCCAGGCUCACCGAGGUGGGGACGUGGGGGCAUUUCCUCUGGGCACAGACGUGGCAAUGGGCCAGAAACCAACUGAGAAAGUUGCUCUUCAGCCAGGGGUGGUCCAGCAAACCCCAAAGAGGAGGAGCGGACUGGGGCUGGGGUUGGGAGGGAAGGCAGGGCUGUCCCCAGCACCAAGGGGCACAGUGGGUCAGCCCAGCACCAGGCCCUAGGCAGCACAAACAGCAGCAUCCCUGAAGGCCACAUGCAGUGCCCACAGGACACCCCAUUGGGGACAGGGCAUCAGCAACUGGCACCCCCUGGAGAGGCGCUCUGGAUGCGUCCCGGCCAGCACUGAACUCUCAAUAGACGACGAAAGCCAUAUUUGUACUGAGCUCUGAACACGCCGAGGUGUGGGCUGCGGGGCAGGGCAGAGGACGGUCUGUGUUGUUGUGCUGUGUUCUUGUAUGUACAUAAAGGGAGACAACGAACAUCGAUGUUACUUUAUAACCUUUCUAAUAUCCUGUGCUAAUCUCGGAAAAUAAUCCUAUAAAUAUAUCUGGAUUACACACGU